CCGUAGUCUGUACAUCACUAUCGUAUAAUAACAAAUAAUAUUCUACGCGAAUAAAUGCCACAGCACAACCUUACCCCACCCCCGCCAUUCCCAGCACAGUUUUUGUCAUCCUUCAAACACGGUAGACAGUAUAAAUUUCGUCAUAUGUGUCCUAUCCUUUAACGACCUAAUCGUACAAUAUUUGGACAAUUUAGUGUCAUUUAAUGCAUCGUAAUUAUUAAAAUAUAGUACCUACCUAUAUAUUAGACAUACCUAUACUUACGUACGUAAAUCGGCUCAUAUCCGAUACUGGACGAAGUAGAAAAAUGAAACUAAAACCGUUAAGAUGAUGAUGAUAAUGUUUCCAGCAACUAAUGAACGCCAUAACCAUGGUGCAUAAAAUGCAGAGGUUAGCGAUGAACGUGUCGGAAGUGUCGGACACAUCGUCGUUGCUGCCUGCUGCGGCAGGCGUGCCGAACAGACAGAAGUGUGCUACGAUUGUAGAGGAAGCCGAGAUUGAUGAUUUUGACGGUGAUGAUGAUCAUGGCCAAGAUAAUUAUGGUUAUGGCACUGAAGGUAGAAAAACAAAUAGCGUGUGUGCGCGUGGGUAUGUGCGUGUGUGCGUGUGUGUUGUUACCCAGCGACUUCCAAUAAUCCGUGUUGCGUUUGAAAUGAUCUGGCUUUCGUGAAUGUAUAUUUUGAACCCACGUAGAUGAACACACAUUGCAUAAUAUAAUCAAAGGUGGGCAUUGACUUGCUAAUAGGUUUAACUAUAGCUUAAUUGA